CAUGGGCCUAUAAGACUAUCAGAUUAGGGAGGCAGCAACACAUUACUGCUGAUUUACCAGCUCGACCAAAGAUCUCUAUCUAAUCAGAAAGAUGGCGAAUUCUGAUUUACACUCCGCCAGCUGUGCGCUGCUGCUGCUUCUCCUGACCCUGGGGUGGCGCGCGUCCACGGGAGUCCCGGUGCCCGAUCUGAGCACAGAGAAGUGCGAACAGUGCUCUUUGCUCUUCAGGAGCCUCCUGCUAAAUUUCACAGAUCUUCUCAACAGCUCCAAGGUGUGUUUUGGCAUCACAUCCAAUAAAGUGGUGCUGAAGAGUAAAGCCCAGACAUUACUGACCUGCACCCCCACUUUGAGUCAGAACCAAGGUUGCCUGGUGCAAGGGAACUCGUCCUUCAAUGAGAGUGAGUGUCUGAGGAACAUCAUGAAGGACUUGGCCCACUACGAUACUGUGAUUCAAUCCUACAUCAAGUCCUCACUCAGAAAUCCUGAGGAAGAAGUUCCACCCCUGAACCAAACUCUGGGAAUAAUACAGAGCCUGAGGAAGAACUGUGCCAUGAUGACAAAUGGAGAGGACGACUCUGCAGAGGAGGUCACUGUCCCGGUGUGGGGCAGUGAAAGCUUCAUAAACAGACAGGACAUGUGUAAUAUGUUGAGAGGGUUCUAUGUCCGAACCAUCACUAUCAACCGAGCUAUGGGCUACAUUUCCUCAGGAGACCACAGGAAGUAAACAUCCUGCGCCCUCAACAUCACCACCAUCAUUCCAAUCAGUACAACAAUAGCUCUACUCCAUUAUUUUAUUACAAGUAAACUGGCCUUACUGAUCAUCCACUACCAUCACUUACAACUACUGACCAAGUAGUACUUUACACUGCGUAUGCGGCACAACAGGCAUAAGCUAGCUGGCUCAGCUCAGUGAGAGCUGAACGUCAAACUAUUGCUAAGGUUAGCAGUG